AUGGCAUUGUUCACUCCUAUAUUAGGCGUUUUAUAUUUUAACGUGAGACAACAACAGCCACAACUAAACCUGGCUCAGCCUAUACCACAGCAGCAACAACAACUAGCUCAGCCGACCCCACAACAGCUACAACAACAAGACCGGCUGCCACCACCCCAGUAUCAACAAGGGCUUCUUCAGUACCCUUAUCAGCCUCAGCCGCGAUAUGCUGAAAAAUUUCAGCAACAACCACAACAGUAUUUCUACCAGCCCUCAACCUCGCAUGAACAAUUCUUGCCUCCGCGUCAGUACCAGUCCAACCAGUACCGGUAUUAUCAACCACCUCAGCAACAACAACACAUAGCUCAGCAGAUUCAACAACAGCCGCAACAAAACUUGGCUCAGCCUCAGCAGCAGCAACAACAACACAUAGCUCAGCCGAUCAUACAUCAACAGCCACAAGUCGACCUGGCUCAGCCAACCCAACAGUAG